GACGACGAGCAAUAAACCGACCACGAUGCUCUCAGCGUUGCGCGCGUUUGCGCGCCCUCCUUCCCUGUGUGCCCCUUUAUCCAUGCGCACAACUGGCUCGUCACAUACUCCUUUGAUGCUUCCGAGGCGCUCAGCAAUUCUCCCCCUCAUCCAUCCUCGUGCCUUUCAUGCCUCCCCACCCUCGCUUGUUACCCUGAACCAGGCCAUGCGCCGUAAAGCGCCAAAGAAGCGCAACUCGUCGAAGGCUCCAUUGCUGGAAAAUAACAGUCAAAAGAAGGGCGUUUGCGUGCAGAUCUUUGUUGUCAAACCGAAGAAGCCUAACUCAGCCAAGCGCAAGGUUGCGCGAGUGAAGCUCUCCUCAGGGAAGACCCUUCAGGCUUACGUCAUGGGCGAGGGGCAUAAUCUGCAAGAGCAUAGUGUUGUGCUGGUCAGAGGAGGUCGUGCGCAGGAUUUGCCGGGUGUGAAAUACAAGCUUGUACGUGGAGCUCUUGAUUUCGGUGGAGUCGUGGGUAGGGUCAAUGCACGGAGCAGAUAUGGAGUGAAAAAGCCCAAGAAGUCAUAGCUUAUUCGUCGUCUCCACUAUGUUUCCAUUUUCUUUUGUUUUCCCUUGACCUAUGGAUUGGCUGCUCGUC